CGAGGGAGAACACACGAGAUGCAAAGCCAGAGCAGAGUGUUGAAGUCCAGCAGAAGACCUCUGUGUGAACUUCUCCAAGUCCCUUUGUCCUCAUCCUCAUCACUUGGGAUCCAACUUCAACACAUUGCCUCCACCUUAAAAUCGGAAAGUUGAAUUUGUUUGAAGAGCAACACAAAAGUGGCCAUGAACGCCACGGGCUUCAACAGGACAGGAGGGCAUGCUGUGCUGCAACCUGUCAUCCGUGGUGAGCGACGAAGGCUUGGCGGCCGCCUCCCCCGAAGAAAGGAGCCUGUUCGUCAUGCGGGUGGUGCAGAUCGCCGUCAUGUGCGUGCUGUCCCUCACUGUGGUCUUCGGCAUCUUCUUCCUGGGCUGCAACCUGCUCAUCAAGUCGGAGGGCAUGAUCAACUUCUUGGUGACAGACAGGAGACCGUCAAAAGAGGUCGAGGCGGUCAUUGUUGGGGCAUACUGAACUAAAAUCCCUGGAUCGGGACUCGGGAGUUGGGACCCCUGUCCGUGCACAAUGAGAUUAACCCAGGAGGUAAAAACAGGUCCCUACCUUGGGGCUGUUGUUGUUGUUUUUUUUGGAGGCCUAUUUGUUUAUAUACCGUAUUCAUUGUUGUAAUGUCACCAUAGUUGCAGUCCUUGUUAUCAUUAGAUAUGUUGGUGGCUAGGGAGCAUCAUGUAAAUAUGUACUGUAUGUUUUGCAUACAAUGAGCACAAGUGUGUCUGUGUGUGUGUGUGUGUGUG